UAAGAAAAAUAAGGCAAAAUAAAAGAAUAAAGCAAAGCACCUGUGAAGAUUUUGAGGUAAAGAAACCCAGGAGAGAAGGAAUGAGGAGCCCGUGCCAUAUAGGCUAUCAGCACUAAUAGGCUGUCUGAGCAUGUCAUUAGCGGGGACCUGAGGCGGGAGGGUGGAGAAAGGAGGGAGGACCGGAAGGCAGGUGGCCUCCCCUGGGUGGGGCUGCCCAGCAGAGCCUCAGGGUAUAAGUUGGAGGCUGGGGCCUGCCAAGCACCUGUCAGGGGCAGCUCCAGAGCUCAGGUGCCAGGCUGGUGGUGCUGCUUCACCCGGCCCCAGCAUGAGCUCCUACGACCUCCCAGCAGCCUCCCCGCCUCGCUGCAGCCCCCAGUUCCCCAGCAUCGGCCAGGAGCCCCCCGAGAUGAACCUUUACUAUGAGAACUUCUUCCACCCCCAGGGUGGGCCCAGCCCUCAGCGGCCCCCCUCCUUUGAGGGAGGUGGCGAGUAUGGGGCCACCCCUAACCCCUACCUCUGGCUCAAUGGACCAGCCAUGACCCCUCCACCUUACCUGCCGGGCACCAACAGCAGCCCCUUCCUGCCCCAGGCCUAUGGCAUGCAGAGGCAGCUGCUUCCCAGCAUGUCCGGGCUGGGGGGCAGUGACCUGGGUUGGCUGCCCAUCCCCUCGCAGGAGGAGCUGAUGAAGCUGGUGCGUCCACCCUAUUCUUACUCGGCUCUUAUUGCCAUGGCCAUCCACGGGGCACCUGACAAGCGCCUCACCCUCAGCCAGAUCUACCAGUACGUGGCUGACAACUUCCCCUUCUACAACAAGAGCAAGGCCGGCUGGCAGAACUCCAUCCGCCACAAUCUGUCCCUCAACGACUGCUUCAAGAAGGUGCCCCGAGAUGAGGAUGACCCAGGCAAAGGGAAUUACUGGACUCUGGAUCCCAACUGUGAGAAGAUGUUUGACAAUGGAAAUUUCCGCAGGAAGAGGAAGAGAAAAUCAGAUGUUGCCUCCAGCACAGGCUCUUUGGCCUCAGAGAAAACUGAUAGCAGUCUCCUGGCAGGCAGCCCCAAGAGCACAGAGUCACAAGACAUCCUGGACAGUGGCUCACCAGGCACCUCCAGCUCCCCAGAGAAGCGGUCCUCCCCACCCCCCUCAGGCACCCCAUGCCUCAACAGCUUCCUCUCUACCAUGACAGCCUAUGUGAAUGGGCCGAGUCCAGUGGGGCGCCCUGUGGGCACACCAGGACUGAACCCUGAGCCCUCUGACAAGAUGGGACAGGGCACCCUAAGUUUCAACUCCUACACCCCACUCACCAACCUCACAGGCCAUGGGAGUGGGAGUGAAUGGGCCAGCUCAAUGCCCACCAAUGCGUUUGGCUAUGGAAGCUCCGUCUUCAACCAGCUCAGCCCUCACUUCUACAACAGCAUCAACACCAACAGCGCCCUCUACCCCAGGGAAGGCACAGAGGUCUAGGGCCCAAACAGCUCCUGGGCUACACGGACAUGACCAGAGAAAAAUAGCCAAGUCCCCCAAGUCAGCCUCCAUGCCACCCCGUGAUCCAGGACCUCAGAGCUGCCCAUGCAUAACACAGGAGACUCAACAGAAUGCAUCUCUUUCCAGAACUUUGUUCAAACUUUCUGUCCAUGACACCUGAGUGCACACAAACACUGACCAGCUUUGCAGCAGUAAUAGUGAUGCCUGAAUAGGCAGUCUUAAUGGUGGCAAUUUUUUGAGCACUUACUCUGUGCUGUGUGCUGUGGUAGGCUCUUUGCAGGCAUGGUCACACUUACUAUUUAAAGUUACCCUGUGAGAUUCACAUCAACCUCAUUAACAGAAGGGAAGUAGAGCUUGAAGAAGCUAAAUAACUUCCAGGGUUUUGCAAACUAGCAAAUGCAGAGCUACAAGUCAAAUUUGAAUAUGGGCAACUCCAAAGGUUGAACCAAAGGAAGCAGGCACAGAGGAUUGGCUGAGCAGCUAAAGAAUGUAAGGGAGAGAAGCCGAUUCCAGCAGAUAUGUCAAAAUUUCUCCCCUGCCCUCUAGUUGUCCAUCAAAAUCCAACACCAGCCAGGCCUGUCUUGUUCUGGUCUGUCUUUGUUCUGUUUGCUCCAACUUUCCUGCAGAUACGCAUCUGGCUACCACUCAAGGAGGGGAGUAACUUACCAGCAGACUUAAUUUAGAAAGUACAGCCCAAGUGCCUUGCAGGGUGGGGUAGCCAGCAGAUACGAUGCAGUGUGUCUCUUUUCCAGCUCCCCCAGAGCUUGAACAGAUCCAGGGUCAGUGAGGAAUGCCCCACCCAUGCUGCCUUUCUGCAAAAUCUCAUAAAGCCCGGCUUCCUGUGUGUAUGUGUGUGUCAUGGACCAGUGAGUUGGCAGUGGCUGAGGCUUCCAAAAGAAACAAGGUGGAAUGAGCACUUCCUUCUCCAUAGCUCUGGAGAGGUGGGUAUUUGUCUGAGAAGUAACAGCCUCAAGGGAAAAUCCUCAGUCUCCCUCUGGGGUCUGUGAGGUCUGUGAGUGCAGCUCCUGGGAAUCUCUUUCUCAUUUUUGUAGGUACUUUAUAUGCCUGUGAUGUUUCAUCAUAGCACAUUUUAGAAAGCAUUGUUUGAUUUAUUUUCUUUUUAAUUAAAAAAACAUUUUGU